AUGGAAUGGUCAGAUUUUCUUGAAUCUUCCUUCUGCACUAAUCUGCAGGCUCUUCAAACACCCCAUCCUGGAUGGGAUUAUGAAGAGAACAAGAUGUUUGAGACUGCUUUGGCCCAACUUGGCUUUGCUACUCCAGACUUACUGCAGAAAGUGGCUGCUAGGGUUCCUGGGAAAAGCUUUGAACAGGUUGUCAGCCAUUUUGCAGCACUGGUUCAAGAUAUAGAAAUGAUUGAGUCUGCAGGCGACUUCCCCAUGUCUAUGCCAGAACUGGGUACUAAGAAAGAACAAGGAUCAUCUGCUAGAGCCAUGUCCACUGGCCAUACAUCCCGAAGGGGGGUUCCAUGGACUGUACAAGAACAUAAGUUGUUCCUGGUUGGACUGAUAGCAUUUGGGAAAGGAGACUGGAGGAACAUAUCCAGGCACUGUGUGAUAAGCAAGAGCCCAACCCAGGUGGCCAGCCAUGCUCAGAAGUACUUCAAGCGCCAUAGCAGCUCUGCAUCAUCUUCUGCAAGGAGGAGACGAUGCAGCAUUCAUGAUAUUCAAAUUAAUUUUGAUGAUGAUUCCACCUCAACCAUCUUGCCUAAUAUCUCCCAAAUCUCAGAUGCUUCCAGGCUGCUGCCUUCUUCCUGCAACAAUGGGGAGGAGAAGAACCCUAUUUCUCCAUCAUGA